AUGGGAUUGCAUCAAGACGAGACUACGUCGUUAAGAACUUGCGACGAGACCGACAGGUAUUCAGCUCCGCUCGGGGUCACAUCUACUUGCGCGCGUAUCUUGCCAUCACCCUCAUCGGAUUCGAUGGGAAAUGUAUGGCACUCACAAGCGGAGUCUGGCGCUGGUGCCAUCAUGCGCGACGACUCUGUCAUGGAUAUCACGAACUCCACACCAGGAAGCCGAGGGGAUCGGGCGGGCGACCAGGGGGAGACGCUGGCCACAAUACAAGGUGUCCAAGCUGACCGUCCCUUAGUUAGAGAGGCGAGUCUGGGUGAUAACGAAAGAAACAAACCCAGCAAAGAAAGUCAAGCAGCUGGAUCCCCCUCUCUCAGACCGCAAUCUCGUCUGAUCAAACAAUCGAAAGUCACUCUGACAAGCACCCGUUCCCUCCGUCCUCGGCCAAAUACAGAGUCUACCCGGCCAGAGCAAUUGCCCUCUGUUUCCGUGGUUAUCCCAACACGUCGGACCGGUCAAUCAGUGGCAAGCACCAAGACGAAGCCUUCAACUGUAGCACGGCGUUACGGCCAUUGGGGCGGCAGUGACAGCGGCAAUCCCAAUGAUGAUCAGUCAACGCAAGCCUCGAUAGAGGACUAUUCACCAUCACCGGGGAUAUCAAGUCCUAAGACAAGAGGACGCCCACGAAAAAGACUGAAGAGAGGAACAAGAAAUAACUCAGCCUCGACGAACAACAUUGUUGGGGGAUUUAAUAGCCAAACCCAGAACAGGUCGAACGGUGGUUCUGCUGUCACCCUGGGUAAAACACAAGAGAUCUUCGGCCGCGGAGUCCUCCGUAUCCAGAACCACGGCCCUCAAAAUGCUUAUUUUAUAACGUUCCUUCCAGAGGUUACUCAGCUCCCGUCUCCGCCAUCACCAUCCAAGAUGCCUCCUGAUCAGUCGUCACUCGCUGACGAUAACUCUGAGGAUGAAUCAUUACCACAAGUGGCAUUCGACGAAAUCGUCACGAAACCCGCGAUCUCGGGAUUAUCGUCACGAGGCCCAACGAAAGCCCAGGAGGCGCUUGCGGUGGUCUUCGGACGAGGUGGAUUUUCUGCUGAAGUUAAGAAGGGAUGA